GAGAGGAAACUGGGAUUGACAUGUAAAACAAGCUAUUUAAAAUUAAAAUAAAAAACCAGGAAAAAAAGAAUUUAAGUGAUAAAGCUAGACAAUGACAUCAUUUGUGUAUGGAAAGUUUUAGACAGAACAAAACGUGAAAGAGAAUAGGAAUAAGAAGAGUAGAGCAGAAAAGAAAAAGGAAGAGAUUUUGGAAAAUUAAAAUGGAGAUUGGAACCAAGAAGGCAGUAUGGAUACACGUGAAUGGGGCCUGGGUAAUUUUAUUUCCUAAAAAUGAAAACAAUAAUUUUCCACUUUUUUCUUCUCCUGUGUUCCUAAAUGAUCAUGUUGUUUUAUUUUUAUUAUGGAUAUUAAAAGUUUUAGAAAAAACAUAAAUUAAUGAAUGUUUGUAGAACAAUGUAAAAUAGAGACACAUGCUGAAGACUACACGAAGAGUAGAAUAAAAACAACAAAGUCCAAAAGUCCCUAUGUAACUGGGACCCUUGUCUUCCGUACAUUUACCGCAUUCCCACUGAUGGCCUUCAUUAUAAAUGUUGUUUUCUGUGUGUGUGUGUGUGUGUGUGUGUGUGUGUGUGUGUGUGUAUGUGUGUGUGUUAAAUAUAUUUUAGUAAAAUUGAUAUUUUCAGUCUUUUCACUAGAUAAUGUAUUUUUAAUAACUUUCUAAAACUAAUGCCUGUAUGAAUAUCUUAAUAUACUUUAUAAAAUGGUAUAAAGUUUAUCUAUUGAUCUGCAAAAAUUCUCUUGUCAUUAUAUUACUUUUAAAUACAAAAUUUAGACAAAAAUGUCACUUGUGUUACAGUAUCUGUAAGCCUUGGCGUAUCAUGUUUCAUGUUUUGUUUCCCCCUUUCCCACUAUAUGAAUGUAUGCUAUAAACAUUAUAAAAUGACUCAAAAGCCUUAUUAACAUUAAACACCAUCUUUUGUUUAUAUUUAGUGUUGAUUCAAUGCUAUUCAAAGACAGUGAUUUACAGAAAACAGUUUGCGGUGGAUACUGUCGACCUGACCACGUCAUCAUCAUAAUAGAGCCAGAAGAGAUGCUUGAGUCAUUUACACAGAACCAAGAAAAAACAGAGUCAUUGUGGUGCCUAGAUGACCUGAAUGAGCACCAACAGGAACAGCCCAGGUCCAGAGAGCAGCCAGCUGUCCAUCUAAAUAAAGCUGAAAGUAUUAUUGAUGGGAAUUUGGAUGAAAGAAUUCUUUUGGAAAGAGAAAUUCAGGAAAACGCCUGCACGAUAGAUCAUCUAGAGCAGGAGUUGCUAUGCAUGAGCGGGAGAGUUCCAAAACUCGAAGAAGAGCAACAGCAAAUACAGGAGGAGCGAGCAUUGCUGUCCAGGCAGAAGGAGGCCAUGGGAGCAGGGGCUGGCCCAGUGGAGCAGCGGCCAGCAGAUGUUGAGGUCGAUGCAGCUCCUGGAGCAGAAACUCUGAACAAAGGACACAUGGACCAGGAGCAACUGCACACUGUACCUAUGGAAAGUGUUGGCAUGGCUGCCGAUGAGCUCCAGGCUGAUGCACUGCAGCCAGAAGAUGUCUCUGCCCAGGACUCUUCUGAGCUUCUAAAGACCCUGACUCCUGUCGGUGGCCUUAAACAAAACUGCAAAGGUUACCGAAGUCUGGAAGCACAGUUACUAACCCUGGAGCAAGGAAAGUCAAAACCAGAACUUCUUCAAAAGAAGAUCAAUAUUCUUCAAAAUUUACUAGUAGAGAAAAUAGCUGAAGCCACCGUUAAUCAAGCACAAAUGGAGGCCUUUCAGCAGUACGGGAAGUACUUCCAAGAGAAGAGAACAUCAGAACCAGAAAUGAGAGAUAGGCUCAAUGAAAAUCCUCCGAAAGGAGACAACACAGGAAUAGGCAUCUUCACAUUAACUUUGAGACUAGCACAGUUAGAGAACCAAGUAGCUGAAAUGCGUUCUAGUUUCAUUAAAGAGAAACAACAAUGCGAAAUUACAGAGAAAAGGGUUUCUGAUAUAGAAAAAGUACUGAAGCUACAGAUGCCUCUAGGCGAGGACACUACAAAAAGGCAAGAGAUUAAAGAAAACGAAAGAAGCCUUCAAGAUUUGGAUAUAUCUGAGACAAGAGGUGAUCUAAUUCAUGCCAGUGGAGACCGUGGAUUUUUGGAUGAUCUUGAAGCUCAUGGAGCCGGAUCUGUGUCUCACAAAGAACAAGACCUUAUAAAGAACAAGCAGACAGCCAUGAAGAGCUUUUGGGUAGUGAAUAUGGAAAGUCUGUGGAAUGUCUCCACAAACCUGACAGAAGGACUUCGUAAGCGGAAAAUCACACAUUAAAUACACAUAUUAGUAGAAGGAAAAUGACUGGGAAGAGAGAACAAGACACUUCAAGCCACAGUGUUUGCAAGAGCACUAGCAUGGAUUUACAGCCAGCUGGAAGAAUUCAGUUUGUUGCUCCGUAAAAAUGUUUAAUUCAGGCAAAUUAUCUCAUUGCACACAGGAGAUAAUUGAUAGUAUUACUAUCAGUGUUAAUAGUUGUCAAAUUAUUUUUAAAUAUCUAUGUUUUAUUUUAAAUAAAGAAAUAGUACGUU